AUGGACUGGAAAAGUACACGCUGGGUUCAAUACACUGAAAAAUAUAUUUCGUUCAGUAUCAGAUUUAUAGAUUUGCAAGGAUCUAGGCUUGAUAUGCUGCUGGUAACCCCCGGCUUUCCAAAUUCACUGCCAGUGAGACUAGGAAUUUGA